AUGGACAGCAAUCGCUCACGCCCGCUUGAGAAGUCUCAUGUCGGCAACUCAAGAGGGAAGCUAUUUGUCUACAAGCCCCUGAGUGACGACCACAGCGUUCGCUUUCUUGUCCUCCAGCCAGGCUCCGGCUCUGACCCUCUGGUGGGGAGCCUCCAGCUUGGAAGCCUAGCCUCAGCAGACAUUGGGCAACUUCCCCCCUACGAAGCCAUAUCGUACGUCUGGGGCUCCGGCAGCCGGCAGUACGAGCUCACUUGCGAUGGCGCCGUCCUGCCUCUCACGCAGAGCAUAUACGAUGCGCUGAAUCGGGUGCGGUUGCCAGACCAGCCGCGGCGGCUGUGGGCUGACCAGGUCUGCAUCAACCAGGACGAUAUACCCGAGCGCAGCCAGCAGGUGAAGCUCAUGAAUCUGGUAUAUAGGAAUGCGAAAAGAGUCCUUGUGUGGCUGGGAAGAGAUCCCGAUGGCGUUGCUGAAGAAGCGGGACAGACGAUUCGCCAUCUUGACGGCGUGUUCAGGGAUGAAAAGGCCCAUGAGGAGUUUAAGCUCGCUCAUGAGGAGAAUCUGGCGCUGCAAAGUUCUGAGCCUUGGGUGCCUCUGGCAAAACUGACAAAGCUGCCCUGGUUUCAACGAAUAUGGAUCGUCCAAGAAAUUGGAACAAACGCCCCCGCGACGCUGUACUGGGGCGAUACAGAAAUGGACUGGGACACACUCUCUCACGUCGCAGCCGUCCUCAACGAGAGAUACUACCACCUCCGCACCCGGUUUCUCCUCAACACCUCCAGCAUCCGCUACCUGCACAAGCGCUUCGUCGAGCCAGACACAGAAUACGACCACGACCACAACCGCGGCAACUUUGCGUACGAGCUCCACAGAGCCAGACAUCUACUCGGAAACGACCCCCGGGACCACAUCUACGCCUUCCUGGGCCACUACUCCAUCAGCAAAGCCGGCAAGGAGCUGCAAGGCCUCACUGUGGACUACUCCAAGAGUGUCAGGGACAUCUACAUCGACGUCGCCGUGCGAGCCCUCCGCGGCGCCAAAGACCUCGUCGCCCUCUCCGCGGCGCACCACGGCAAGCCGCUCAUGAAGCGGAGGGCGUCUUGGGCCAACAGUGAUUUAGAGUUGCCGUCCUGGGCGCCGGACUGGCGACAUCUGCCGAUUCACAUCCUCGGCUCGCCGACGGUGCCGCACCGCGCGUCGGGAGACACGAAGCCGGACCUGACCAUUGACGAAGCCUCGCGCGUGAUGCGCAUUCGCGGCGUGAGGGUCGAUGUCGUGGAGAGGACUUCGUGGACUAUUUACGGGACGGCGUUUCAGAAAAUCCCCUCCCCAGCAACAAGAGGAACGACACCUUUCAAACCCGUAUCUUCAUCUUCCGCAUCUUCUCCUCCACAAGAUCAUCGCAAAUCCGCCUUCUUCGCCUUCAUCCAGACCCUCACCAACGCCUGCACGGGCAUCGACCGCUCGCGCCCCUAUUCCUCCAUCCCCUCCGAAGAAUGGCUCACCAGCGCAGCAGCCUACCUCCGCGCAAACUCCAUGUCCUCCUCCCCUUCCUCCCCCUCCUCCUCCCGCAAACCCAUCCCCGUCCACGCCGCCAUCCACGACCUCUCCCUCACCGGCGACCCCUUCAAAUGGAGCCACGAGGCCGUGCUGGUUACUCGCUACCGCCGCUUCGCAGUCACCCGCAGGGGAUACUUUGUGCUUGGACCCGAUGCGCUGCAGACUGGCGACGUCGUGGUUGUGCUGCGCGGCGGCAAGGUCCCCUUUCUGCUGAGGAAGGUUAGCGUUGGUGGUGAUGGUGAAGAGAGGUGGGUGCUUGUUGGAGAGUGUUAUGUGCAUGGGCUGAUGGAUGGGGAGGGGUGGGAUGUUGAAGGGGCGGAGGAGGAGGUGUUUGCGGUGCAAUAAUAUUGGCGAGAUAGUCUUGUUCAAAAGAACGUGUAUAAUGAUUAAUGAAGAAAGCUAAAACAUACGAUGGAUGAAUGAAUGAAA